AUGGAAACACUCUCUAUGGAUGAAGUAGCUCUUACAUGCACAAAAAUAUUGCGUAAGUUCUUAAAUGAUCCUUUUGUACCAGAACCACAAAAGUGUAUUUGCACAAGUUGGAAAAAGCAACCAUACACAAGAGGUUCCUAUACAGCUAUAGCUGUUGGUGCUAGUCAAAGUGAUAUUGAAAGUUUAGCACAACCAUUGUUUAAGAAUGUUCAUGAUAAAAAGCCUGCAUUGCUUUUUGCUGGAGAGCACACUCAUAGUAGUUUUUAUUCUACUGUUCACGGUGCCUACUUAUCAGGCCAAUCAGCAGCACGUCGACUUCUAGCUUCAGAUGAUGCCCCAGAAAAUGCCUUGGAUUGUCCAAGCACAGCAGAUUUAAACACAUGGAUACAAGGUGUACAACUAGGA